AUGGAUCAGUGUGGAGCCACAGUGGACCUUGAGCUGGGCAUUUGUGAGCCGAAGGCACGCGUGGGAAACAAGACGUACGUCAUUGUGGAUGAAACCAUGGUGUCCUACAGCCAAGCGACAUCGACAUGCGCCAGUCUGGGGGGUCGCCUGGCAUCAUCAAGAUACAGGAGCUACCAUCGCGCUUACCAUAAUAUGAUGACAUACAACAAAAUUUGUUAUAAUGGUGGAUCUCGUCUUUACUUUCGUCCAUUUUGGGUGGACGUUGUAAGGGACCCGGGUGGGGCUGCAGUAUGGAGACAUGGCAUUGAUGGAGUGGAUGUCAGCUCCACAGAGAUGGAUUCGAUCUGGUACUUCAACAAUGAGGUUAGCACCUACAGAGAUGAGCCAGUAGAUGACCUCAGUAAGAUGUGCGUGCGCUACAUGCUGAGUCCUAAUAAUUGGGAAGUUGCUUCAUGUGAUGAGCCUGCCUACUUUGCCUGUGAGUUUGACAAUGAACCAGAUGACGGCCCGCAUUCUCCAUGUUUCCCCACGGUUGUUCUUGACACCGGAAGUCGGCCUUACGAUGCACCGUUUCAGCUGCUGAGAGCUGGGGACUUCUCCACGUAUGGAAGUGGUGUCAUUCUGGACGACAGUUCUGUCUUCGUCCCUCGAAACAGGCUGGAUCUUGGUUAUACAAAGUACCUGCUGGAGUUGUACGUAUCUGUGGCUCAUGGUGGAAACAGUGACGUCACAACCGCAAGGGUUCCCAUCUGGAUCGAGUUAGAAAAAUCUACGCCUCGUUUUGUGAUCCUCGGGGGAUCCAGGAGGUCCCAAAGUGGUGGAUUUCUGAUGGAUUCUUGGGUAGACGCAGAAGUAUACGAUGAUUCGGCUCUUAACGGGAUAGGCACUGCUGGUUUUUACGGCACAGAAUGGUCCUGGACAUGCCGGCUUCCGAACGGAAGCGACUGUGGGCUGCAGUUCAGGCCCCGCGAAGACAGAGACCAUUAUAAUAGAGUUCUGUAUAUAAAUCACAAAGUCGACACGAGACCUCGGUGGUCUGACCCAGGAACCUACAUCAUUCGAGUGGAGUGGAGUGACUGGAACAAUGUUGACUACAUCCCAUACGAGCAGGAGGUGACGCUUUUUCCUGCCGGAUUCCCCACCUGUCAGAUCAGAUGCACCCCUUUUGACAACUGUAACUUCGCGGCCGCCAAGUUCGACCAAAGACUGAGGCUGUGGACAGAAUGCACAGGCAUGCAGUCUGAACACUCCUUCUACUGGAGCCUGGCACAGUCCCCGGAUGGGUUUGUCGGCAUUGAUCUGGAGAACGACACUCUGACCGGCCUGGAUGGAGACCAACUCAUUGUAAAAGCCAAUGUGUUCACUGUAAGAGUUGCUUUGAAAAUUCAUAGUCUUAUUGAGCCAGGAGAGUACAUCCUCCGCCUGGACAUCCUGACCAACGGCGUUCUCUGUAACACCAGCAGCUGCAGCUACGCGGAGUGGAAGUUCAUCAUUCCUGUCCCGCCGGCAAACGCACGUGAACCUGUCUGUGCUGCCAACAUACCAGUGCCUUUCUCUUCUGGUCGUGGGUUCGAACCCCGGCCCGGGACUAGGGUUUUUUAUCUGUUUCUACUUGCUCCUCCUGCUUCUUACAUUGUCUCUGUCACAGUUGAGUGUGAUCAAACUCGGCCGUACAGUGAGCUGAACACAUCGUGGACAGGAGAGGGUUGUGAGUGCCGGGAAGUCUCCAACCUCUGUACAGUCAGCCCGACGGAGGGAAUCGCCCUGACCACCAGAUUUGAUAUGAGCUGCCUAGACUUUGAAGGCCAGGGUGCGAUUCGGUACGAGUUCUACUACAGAACCAGAGCCACAGCUUCAGUCAGCACUCUGAGGACAUCCCAGUCUGGACAUUACAACUUGUUCUACUAUGGGAUGUCGCCGUCACCGCGCCCAUUCAAGCUUCCGUCCGGCCUGGCGUCUGAUGGCUUCAGGGUCUUCAUCUUCGUGCAGAUGUUUGAUCAGACGGGGACUUCAAAAACAAGCCAACUGGAACUUACGGUUCGGCUGCCUGGUGCUUUUGAGGACCUUCUUGCCGCUAUCGACGCCACCAACGCUGAAGUCCAUCAGGCAAUCCGGUGGGACAACCAGAUGGAGGCUGUGCACCUGAGCACCAUCACCGCGACAACUCUCAACAACAUCCGAGAAGAAGGGGCGUAUGAGGUGGUGGACUGGAGACUGACCAGUGCAGCAGGGCAGCUGUACAACAUGGCGAAGUUUGUAGCCAGGAAAGUCGACCAGGGGGAGAUGACACAGGACCUACUGGAGAGGGUGGCUGGCAUCGUCUUCACAGCUGCCUACAAUGUCUUCAAAAGUUCUGAAGUUGUUGCAGCCUGGAAACACACCGGAAACGGACCAACUGAGAUAGAUACGAACAUGGCCGAAACUUUGCUCAAGAAUAGAAAUGCCACCACCACAGCUUUUCUGGCCAUCGAUGAGCUGACUGACCAGAUUCUGAAGGGAAAGCGACCGCGGGAAGAUGUCACAAUGAUAUCAUCACAGGAUUUCCAGAACAUUAGCGGUGACAUGGAUGAGGAUCAGCUCACAGCAGCUAGGAGACACUUCUGUGGGUACGAUGGUUUUGGAACACAGGUUUUCCACAGUCGCUGGAGGAACCCUUUCGAGUACGCCACCAACAUCACUCACCGGGACCUGAAGAUCGGGAUAGGAGGGCUGCACUUCACCGACGCCUUGGAGAGGAAGGGGAUUUCUGGUCUGGAGGAGCCUGUAGAGUUUUCUAUCCUCAGGCACAACCAGUCUGUGUACACCCCCUUUAGGUACAACAGCACCCUGGACCCAGCCGACACUUACAUCUUCCUGGCUCCCAGGGACCCCCUGGUGUCCCCAACCUUUACCCUGUACCUGGCAUACGGCAUCAAACCUAACGCCUCACAGUUCGACCUGACUGCUACUCUGCCUGUACCUGUAAACAACAGGUAUUCCCUUGAUCUGGUUGUGGAGGAAAACGACACCCUGACCGUGAUGUCAGACCCAUACAGCUGGCAUCUACGUCUCGGUGACGUGGGCUUUAGUUCAGACAGCAACGACACCAACUGGUACCUUGGAAUUGAGCCUACAAGCACAGAUGGCACAAAUCCUGGAACAAUAUCGUUUGCAGUCUUCAUUGAGCCUGUAGAAUGUGUGUUCUUUAACGAGGAGGAUCAUUUCUGGGACACAAGUGGCUGUGAGGUUGGACCUUUAACAAGUACAACUCAUCUCCACUGCAUCUGUGACCACCUGACAAAGUUUUCUGGUCUGGUAGCUCCAAACGAGAUAAACUUCGAGCGCGCGCUGAAGGGGUUCCUCCUGCUGAAGAACCUGAUCCAGAACCCCAUUGGCAUCAUGACAUGCUGUGCCCUGUUCUCCUUCUACAUCGCCCUGUGUGUGCCCUGGACACGGAAAAAUGAUGCCAAGGACCUUGGGAAGGUCACCACAGCAGCCAUCUUUGAUGACACAGAACAUCCCAAACCUCGUUACUACAUGAGGGUCUUCACCGGACCCAGGGCUAAUGCCGGGACAACAGCAAGGGUGUCCAUCAUGCUACAUGGGGCGACCCGUGAGUGCGGGCCGUUCCUCCUGCACCAGCCCUACGCCGCCAUGUUUGAGCGGGGGAACGUGGCCGGGUUUGUUCUGUGCACCCAGACCGACCCGGGCUGGCUCACCCACGUGCGCGUGUGGCACGAUAACUCCGGCAAGGAGCCCUCAUGGUUUCUGGAAAAGAUUAUUGUGGAUGAUCUACUUCUCGAGGAGCAGCACUAUUUCCUCUGUAACAGGUGGUUGGCUUUUGAUGAGGACGAUGAGCAAAUUGAGCGAGUUUUGCCUGCAGCUAAGGACGAGCAGCUGGUGGCCUUCAGCACUCUGUUUGCCGACAGAACUACCAAGGACCUGCGAGACGGGCACAUCUGGUACUCUGUGUACGGCCGGCCUGCCAGCAGCCCCUUCACGCGGACCCAGCGGGUCUCCUGCUGCCUGUCCAUCAUCAUGUGCACCAUGCUGACCAACAUCAUGUUCUUUGGACGGGGGGAAGACUUCGACCGGCCGGAACCCGUCAACAUCUUCGGUUUCAAUGUCAAGAUUCCGAUUUCCUGGCCCCAGGUACGGAAGGAAGCUGCCCAGGUAGAACAGUGGGACAAAGUCACAGGAACAACUUCUCCAGGACAGAUCAAGUCUCAAGGUUUCUUCCUGGUGUUCAUCACCACCAACACGGCAGCGUUCUUCGUCAUGCUCUACUCGUUUGAGUUUGGGCGGGAGAAGGCAGAGACCUGGCUGCUCAUCUUCCUCACGUCAUUCCUGACUGACCUCAUCCUCAUCCAGCCGGUUAAGAUCCUCGCCAUGGCGGCUCUGUUUGCUGUGUUUUACAAGAAAGCAGAUGAAGGAAAUGAAGGAAAGGGAUGCAAUCUGAAACAAUGUGAAGACAUUGCUAAAGAGCAAAAGAAGACACCAUCCACCCCCAACCUCCCCCCGGACCUAACCGAGGCCCGCCUGGUGGCCAUCAGGCGGAGGAAGCUCAGGACCAUCCUGAAGGAAAGACCACAGGCCCCCACCCUCCCCAGUUCCCUGGACCUAACUGAGGCCCGACUGGUUGCCAUCAGACGUAGAAAGCUCAGGACCAUCCUGAAGGAAGUGUCUGUGUACGCGCUGUUCCUGGCCGUGGUGAUGCUGGCUGCGUACGGACAGAAGAGCCACAUGGCCUUCCACAUGUCCAAUGAGGUGCAGCGGAUUGUAAAGAGCUCGGAUUUUGAAGAGGUGAGUGAUGCGGUGUCCUACUGGACCUGGCUGGAGGACGCAGCCAUCCCCAGUCUUUACCCAGAAGCCCCUGCAGCCGGCCCAGGCCCGCCCGUUUACCGUGUGGGACCAAUACGGCUCCGCCAGGCCAGAGUCAAGAUGGAUCCUGAAUGCCUGAUGACAGUGUCCCCAGCUAACCAGACAUCAGGGUGCGGCAGACGCUAUGACUACUUCAGUCAGGACGAGGGGCUGUACAGAGAAGGGUGGUCACCCCUGCCAGCAGUCAACAUCAGCGCUGCCAACGGGACCAACAUCACUACAGGGGCAACAGACGGGAACAGCACAAACUUGCCCUAUGCGGGAGACCAUGGUGUGUUUUUCGGCGGAGGCUACAUCGCAGACACGUCCCACAACAAAUCACAGACCCUGGCAACACUGCGAGAUCUGAAGAACCAUGGCUGGAUAGAUAGAGCCACCCGAGCCGUGUUCACAGACGUGACGCUGUACUCUCCCGACGCGAACCUGUUCUCCAUCGUGACUCUGCUGGUGGAGUUCCCGGGUCUCGGGGCCGCCUUCCCCCGCUGGGAGGUCCACACCGUCCGCCUCUACCGCUUCCAUGGUGCCUGGGACGUCUGGAUGGCGCUGGUUUACAUUUCCAUGCUGGCUGUUUUCACCUUGGCCUUUGCCAUCAGGGAAGGUUUGAAAGCUUACAACAGUGGUGCCCUGUAUCUCAUGGACUUCUGGAACUGGGUGGAGGUGAUCAUCAUCCUCCAGUCCCUGGCGGCAGUCGCCACCUUCUUCUACUCUGAGACAGUUCUGGAGGAGGUGGCUGGCGAUGACAUCACUGGUCUCACGGGAAACUUCGUGAACUACAGGCACGCUGCUGUCUGGGACCAGGUCUACACGUACAUAGUUGCGGCCCUGCUGUGCAGCGUGACCCUGAAGAUGACCCACCUGCUGCGGUUCAGCCAUCGCGCGUCUCUCCUCACCCACACCCUCCGGCUCAGCGUCCGCCCGCUCUCCGGAUUCUCAGUCAUGUUCUUCCUCUACUUCUUCUCCUUCGCAGUUCUCAUGCAUCUCACGUUUGGCCUCCGCAUGCGCUCCUACAGUUCCUUCGCUCGGACCUUCGAGGCACUGGUGACCAUCAUCGCUGGCGAUCUGAGCUUUGAAGAAAUCUCCACCACGACUGGAAACCUGGGAACGUUCGUCCUGUUUCUGUUUGUCUUUGUCUUCAACAUCUGUUUGAUCGGUUUCUUUGUGGCCAUCAUUGACGAGUCGUAUCAUGUCGUAUCAAAGGAAGACGAACAGUUAGAAAAGACUGACAACGACCUGAAAGGGUUUUUCGAGUAUCAACUACAAAAACUGAAAGCAAAGAAGAAGGCAAGAAAGAACGAUACUGAAGACACUUCUGUGUACGGUCCUAGUUAUGCAGAACUCAAAGUGAAUGUGAUGAAGAGGUUGGGGACAGUUUUUGAUGAUCUAGAUGAAAGAUGAACAGUCAGUUUUG